GAGGUAAUAGAAGUAACCUCCUGCUGAUCACUACACGAAAUACGAAAAGAUGGCGUGGAGAAAGAUUAGCUGCAAAAGGGUCUUGGAUGGAGCUACCAGGUCGGAUGAUUCCAAGGAGAAGCGCCCUAAGAGGCGUAAGUCUGAGAAAUUAGAAGCGAAAUACUCCCAUGAUGAGUGCAAGUUCAUCCGCUCGUGUUAUUCCAACAAGACAAUAUCUGAGUCCGAGGAUUUGAUUUCUCCAACACCGGCCAAUGAGCUCAAUGAGGCUGCCAUCACGCUUCAGAAAGUUUACAAGAGUUACCGAACAAGACGGACCCUUGCGGAUGGCGCAAUUGUUGUUGAGGAGCUCUGGUGGAAAUGGUUGGACUUCGCAGAGCUUCGACAAAGCUCCAUCUCUUACUACGACACUGAAAAGCCGGAAACUGCUGUCUCAAGGUGGGCAAGGGCAAGGACAAGAGCUGCAAAGGUAGGGAAGGGUCUUUCCAAGGAUGAGAAAGCUCAGAAACUAGCCUUAAGACAUUGGCUUGAAGCUAUUGACCCGUUGCAUCGUUACGGACACAAUCUGCAGUUCUACUACAAUGUCUGGUUUGCAAGUGAGAGCUCACAACCUUUCUUUUACUGGUUGGACAUCGGAGAUGGAAAAGAACUGAAUCUCGAAAAGUGCUCAAGGAACGCUCUUAAGCAUCAGCGCAUCAAAUAUCUUGGACCUAAACAGAGGAAAGCUUUUGAAGUGGUCAUAGAGAAGGGAAAGCUUUUGUAUGGGCAAAGCGGCGUGCCUCUCAACACGGUGGAGGGAUCGAAAUGGAUCUUUGUCCUAAGCACGUCGAGGAAAUUGUACGUGGGGCAGAAGAAAAAAGGCCAAUUUCAGCACUCCAGUUUCUUGGCGGGAGGAGCCGCCACCGCAGCUGGAAGAUUGGUCGCACAUGACGGCAUCCUCAAGGCGAUAUGGCCUUACAGUGGUCACUACCACCCAACAGAAGAGAAUUUCAUGGAGUUCAUCAGCUAUCUUCGAGAACACAAUGUGGACUUGACCAAUGUCGAGCGAUGUGCAGCGGACGAUGAAAUUCCGCCGAAACUUACUCUUGAGGUACUGUCCGAAUCCCCUGGAGACCGCAAGGACAGACCAACUGCAAGUUAUGCAAUCUCCAGCAUAUCCAACGAGGCUGUCGACAGAACCGAGGCCGAGGAAGAUAAACCGGCCUGUAAGUCGGGGAAGCCGCCGGGGCAGAAAUGGAGCACGGGAGUGGGCCCGCGAAUCGGGUUAAUGAGAGAGUACCCGUCGAGCCUCCAGUUCCAGGCGCUCGAGCAAGUGAAGCUAUCCCCGAGGAGCUGCGGCACCAACGGUUUCUUAACCUGUAACGGUCCUAUCCCGUCGCCACGGCCCAGUCCUGGGAUCCACCUCUCGCCUCGGAUCGCCCACAUGGGGCGAGCCGGCCCCUAGUGUACAUUAUUCGCCACAUACACUCCCCCAUCUCGACGGAUCAGCCCAUUUUGACGCGUUCCGGUCCCGGGAAAAUUCAUUGCAGAGACGACAUACUUAGGCCUGACAUAGGUCCCCAAAUGGUACAGAAUAACACGUUGUAGAUCAUCACCACA